AUGAAACUACGUAUUCGUCAUCCAAAUGGUGCUAGUGUGUUGGACUCUUUGUCUCCUGAGCAAACCGUACACGACCUACGCAAAGCAAUCGCUCCAAUCGUAGGCAUCUCAUACGAGCGUAUCCAGGUUGCUGGCGGAUAUCCACCUAAGCCCUAUCGCAAUGACAACGAGACUCUUGAAGCUGCUGGUAUCAAGAACGGUGACGCGUUGGCAAUAACGAUUGUCGAUACACCUGUUGACUCUGCACCAGCACCAGCACCAGCACCAGCAUCACAGCCUUCUAUUCCGCCACCACAACAACCUACUCAGAAUGCACCCAUGUCAUCUAUAUCCACUGGAAAUGCUGAUGCUGUGGAGACGAAUGGUGGAUUAUUGGCUUUAAGGACCGUACCAGAUGACAAUUCUUGCUUGUUUCGUGCUCUUGGGUAUGUCGCAAAUCGGGAUACAUCAAUCACCCAGGAACUUCGAAAAGCCGUGGCUACCGCCAUUGAGCAAGAUCCCAUCAUGUACUCGGAUGCUACCCUUGGUCAAGAACGAACAAAGUAUAUAGAUUGGAUUCAAAAGACCUCUUCUUGGGGAGGUGCCAUUGAAAUUGCCAUAUUGUCCAAUUACCUUAAUGUUGAAAUUGAUAGUAUUGACGUACAAACUGGAAGAGUGGAUAAAUUUGGUGAAGGCAGCUAUUCUGAGCGCGUGUUGAUUAUUUACAGCGGCAUCCAUUAUGACGCAGUGGCAUUGACACCAGGAUUGGAUUGUCCAGAAGAUUUUGAUCAAACACGGUUUUCCUCAGGGGAUGAAAGUAUCAUUAAUGCCGCCAAAAAGCUUGCAGACAUAUUGCGACAGAAACGCAAGUAUACGGAUGUGGCAAACUUUACACUCAAAUGUAAUCAAUGCAUGAAGGGAUUGGUUGGAGAGAAAGAUGCUCGGGAUCAUGCAGCGGCUACUGGACACACCCAUUUUGUGGAAUACUAG